GGAGCCGUGGGGAGAGCUGGACCAGAACCGGGCAGAAGGUCCUGCAGGAGGGAACCCUCCUCCCUUCAGAACUUCCACCCUGGACCUCCAUCCGAUACCGGGAGGCUGAGGGUCCCCGAGGACUUUGCAGCUGACUCCACGACUUGUACAGGCGAUGGCUGAGCCCAGGAAAGCACAGCAAAGCCCAGAUGCUGGACCUGGUGGUUCUGGAGCGGUUCCUGGCUCUCCUGCCCCCAGAGAUGGAGGGCUGGGUGUGGGAGUGUGGAGCAGAGAGCAGCUCCCAGGCGGUGGCUCUGGCGGAAGGCUUCCUCCUGAGCCAGGCGGAGGAGCAGAAAGAGCAGCUCCAGCGGCAGUGCUGCAGUGUGGAGAUCAGAGAUCCUGAGGGAAGGAAGAACCCAUCAAAUCCCCCUCAGGAGCUAUUUUUCAGGAAGAUCCCUUGGGAAGAUCCAAGACAGGACCCCUCAGGAGAGAAACAAAGAAUGAAGCUUUCUGGUUUUUAUGAGAGAGAUCAAAGAGUGGUUGAACCUCCAAAUCAAGCAAGAAAGGGAAAAGAUAUUAGAUUUCUAUUCUCCCUUCAGGAAGUGAAGCGGGCGUGCAGAGGGCUCUCUCCUUCUAUUUCCCUCUUGUUUGGCCUGGAUUAUUUUUGUGUUUUUCCACAACAUGGAGAGCAGAAUAGCAGGUUCAAGUUGCUGUCAGCCAGCAUAGCUUCGUCUGGUUGUCUUGUUCUACUAGGUUCUCCUCCAACUUGUAGUUUAGAAGAAGCAAUUUUUUAAAAGUCCUUCAAGAAAUAGGAAUAAAUGUAUCAUUACAGUGGCAGGAAUUGCUAGAGACCCCCCCCUUUUUUGGUAAUUCUUUGACUCGGAAUGGUGCAAGGCUGAUGAAAACAAUAAAUAAAUACAUUGCUACAUUAGCCUUUUUAAAAAGCCUUAUUUAUAACCUGUAGUUCAAAAAUAAGGAAAUCGUAUUAAAAAAUAAAGCAGACUAUUAAAAUCCAAACGUUGUGGCCAUGUUGAGCAUGUAAUCAUGGUACUUUGGGCUACAAAAUAAUUUCCAAUCCUCUGAUUUGCACCUCGAUUAGGAGAUUCUGUUGGUUUUUUUUUUUUUUUUUUGUCAAAUAUGCUGG